GUCGUCGCGUCGUGCACGUAAACAAAUCCGCCUUGAUUUUUUCCCCGAUUUCGUGAAAAGUGGCCCAUUUUCGCCGGAUUCAACCCGUGUCCCGGUGCAACACCACCGCGUCGAUUCCCGGUCGUGUCCGCGGCGGAACGUCCAUCCCCCGCCGCCGGGGGAGUGAGUCCGUCGAACUUCUUUUUUUUUUCGAGUGGACUUCACUUUUCUCCAGUGCCUCACGGGAAGAAGAAGAGAGAUUGCAAUUUGGUUUCGUUUUUUUUUUCUUGUGCGGAAAAGUGCAAAAUUUUCCUCAGCUGAAGUGGCCGGGCUGGGAACGGGUGGCUAAUGUGCCGUUUUGUGGUCCGCCGGAAGUUGUGAAGGAUUCGCAAGGGAGCGGAAAACAACAAAAAAUUUAGGAGUUUUGAAGAAUCGACCGGCAGCUGUUUCGUCGGAUUGAGUUCGGUUCCGGGGUCGUGCGGUCCGAACCGCCACGGUGACGACCAUGCUGACGCACAAGAAUAACCAGGGCGGCCGGAAGAAGAUGCAGGUGUCCUUCGUGAUCCGGGACGCCGAGGAGAAGCGCCACCGCAACGGCGUCAACGCGCUCCAGCUCGACCCGGUCAACGGGCGGCUCUACUCGGCCGGCCGCGACGCCAUCAUCCGGGUGUGGAACUCGACGCAGACCAGCUCCCAGGAGCCGUACAUCCAGAGCAUGGAACACCACAACGACUGGGUCAACGACAUCGUGCUGUGCUGCGGCGGCCGAAACUUGAUCAGUGCCAGUUGCGACACCACGGUCAAGGUGUGGAACGCCCACAAGGGGUUCUGCAUGUCGACGCUGCGAACCCAUCGGGACUACGUGCAGGCGUUGGCGUACGCCAAGGACCGGGAGCAGGUCGCCAGCGCGGGCUUGGACAAGGCCAUCUUCCUGUGGGACGUGAACACGCUGACGGCGUUGACGGCGUCGAAUAACACCGUGACGACGUCGAGCAUCACCGGCUCGAAGGACUCGAUCUACAGCCUGGCGAUGAACCCGUCCGGGACGAUCAUCGUGAGUGGUUCCACCGAGAAUACGUUGCGCAUUUGGGACCCGCGGACGUGCAACAAAAUCGCCAAACUCAAGGGUCACGCGGAGAACGUGAAGGCGCUGGUCGUGUCCGAGGACGGUACGCAGGUAGUGUCGGGCAGCUCGGACGGCAAGAUCAAGCUGUGGAGCAUCGGCCAGCAGCGCUGCAUUCAGACGAUUUCGGUCCACUCGGAGGGCGUGUGGGCGCUGCUGAUGACGGACAACUUUUCGCACGUAAUCUCCGGCAGCCGGGACAAGAAGAUCGUCAUGACGGAACUGCGCAACCCAACGAACAGUGUGCUGAUCUGCGAGGAGCGGGCACCGGUGCUGAGCCUCUGCUACAACAUUGACCAAACGGGGAUCUGGGCCACCACGUGGAACAGUGACGUGCGCUGCUGGAAGUUGAACAAAACGGACAAACUGAGCAACUACAGCUACAGCAGCAACAGCAGUAUUAACAGCGGAGGAGGCGGCGAUGGGACGCCGGUGACCAACUCGACGUCCAAUGCAACGCCGGCAAGUGCCGGAAAGGGUUACGAGGUGGCGUGCAUUAAGGGAGGGGCGGCGAUCAAAAAGUACCACGUGUUGAACGAUAAACGCUUCAUGCUGACAAAGGACAGCGAGCAGAAUGUGGCGAUCUACGACGUGUUGAAGGUUAAGAAGGUCGAGGAUCUGGGCAAGGUGGACUACGAGGAGGAGAUUAAGAAGCGCAGCCAGCGGGUGUACGUGCCGAACUGGUUCACGGUGGACCUGAAGACGGGGAUGCCAACGAUCGUGCUCGGCCAGGACGAGGUGGACUGCUUCGCGGCGUGGGUCUCCGCCGAAGCCGGCCUGCCCGAGCAUGCCGAGUCCGGGUCCGAUCCCAAGGUCAACUACGGCAGUCUGCUGCUGCAAGCCCUGCUCGAGUACUGGAAGCCUCCGCCGCCGCACCACCACCUGCAGGGCGGCGUCCCGGACAUGGAGAACGGCUGCGACGGGGACAUCCGCGGGAACGAGUACUUUAUCGUGCCCAAACACACGCCCAUCAUCUUCAGCGAGGUCGGCGGCCGGAACGUGUGCCGGCUGCUGGUGAAGGAUGCCGCCGGUGAAACCGAGAGUGCCCUGCUCAGCGAAACCGUGCCGUCCUGGGUCACGAACGUCGUCAUCGAGCGGACCAUCCCCAAGUUCAUCAAGCUGCCGUUCUACCUGCUGGCGCAUCCGUCCAUGCUGAAGCAGGACCGCAGUAAAAAGCUUGAUUUAAUCAACCAGGAACGGCUGAUCGCGAACGAGUUCAUCCAGUGCCGGAAGGUGUGCGAGCACGUGCUGGAGAAGGUGCUCGGGGCGGACCUGCCCGGAGGAGGUGGGGGUGGCGGCAGUAGCACCGGUGGCGGCGGCAACUCCAACUCGUCCCAGAACAACAGCCAAAGCGACGCCAACUCCGAGGGCAGCCAGGUGCCGGCCGAGGAGCGGAUCGAGCUGCUGUGCAAUGAUGUGAUCUGCGACCCCAACAUGGACCUCCGAACGGUGCGGCACUUUAUCUGGAAGCAGUCGUCCGAUCUGACGUUCCACUAUCGAACAAAGUCAAAUUAGGUUAGGAGCCAAGGCAAGUAAAGGUUACACGCUCGCGUACGUGUAUGUUUGUGCAUUCAAGUUCUGUUACUGCUGGCAAAACUUCGAAAAAGAAGAAGAAUAACAGAGUAAAAAUUAGGACGCAUUAUUAGCGGAAACGCUAGGACCGGUUGUAGAUAUUUCCCCUAAUUCGCCCCCCUCCCCCCUGCUGGAUCUUCUGCCGGAGUGUGAUUGAUUGUGGAGAAGAAAUUUUGCGCGAUUCGAGAGUGACUGCGUCUGCGUUUAGAGUUUAGUACUGUUGCUAGAUUUUUAUUUAACUAUUUAUACACUGUGAACAAUUUUAAUCCUGAUGCUUUGAAUUCCUAGUGCGCCCAAACUCUGUUCGAUACCCUUUUAGAAUAGUGUUUGAAUGCAAUUAUAUUUUUUUAGCUGACUCGCAUUUAAUUACGUAUCGACAAAGCAUAACUUUCCGUUUGCUACUAAAGGAGCUGAUCGAUCGAUCGAAGCUGUGUUGUUGAAGGGGCAAACAAAACAGAGAGAAAAAACAAACCCAGUAACGAGAAAUCAUUAAAUUGCCAAUCUGUUUAGGGAAAGCAACCAACAGAACAACAACAAAAAAACAUAACGAUUGCAGCUUAGAUAAGAUAUAGAAUGAGAAAAAAAGUAAACCUAACGAUAGCCGAGCUCCGAGAGUGAAAAGCUGUUCAAGCUUGAUUUAAUUGAAAAUAAAAAAAAGUGUAAUAGCAAGCAUCUAUCCGAAGGGGGUAGAUGGAAAACAAAAAAAAAAGCCGGAUGGAAGCGUCGAGCAAAGAACGAAAC